AUGGCGCGGACGGGGCGGACGGGGCCGCCGCUCCGGGGCCGCCGGCUCCCCGCGCUCCCCGCGCUCCCCGCGCUGCUGCUGCUGCUGCUGCCGCUCCGGCCCGCGACGCCGGGCAUCACAUGCCCUCCUCCCACAUCUGUCAAACACGCAGAUAUCCAGGUCAAGAGUUACAGCGUGAGCUCCAAGGAACGGUACACUUGUAACUCUGGCUUCAAGCGGAAAGCCGGGACAUCCAGCCUGACUGAGUGUGUGCUCAACAAGACCACCAACACUGCCCACUGGACAAUCCCCAGUCUCAAGUGCAUCAUCAUGAAGCACUCCAGCUUCCACCCUCAGGCUCAUAAAUGCCAUGUGGUUAUCCUCUCUCCAGGAGACCCCUCCCUGACUCACCUAAGGCCAUCCUCCUCAGACGUGCCGGCAGGGGUGACCCCAGAGCCAGAGAGCACCUCCCUUUCUGGAAAAGAGCCAACUUUCACUUCCAAGUCAGACACCAAAGUGGCCACAAAGCCAACUAUUGUGCCAGGCUCCAGGCCGAUGCCGUCAAAGCCUCCUGCUACAGGAACCACAGGGCUGAUCAGUAAUGAACCCUCCUCCCAAGCCCCAUCUCAGACAACAGCAAAGGCCUUGGAACACACUCCCUCUGCCUCCCAGGAGACGCCAGGUACAUAUUCAUACAAUUCCGGAGCUGUGACUGCGGCGAUCUUCACACCUGUCACUGUGCUCUGUGUAGUGUGUGUGGUAUUUCUUCUGGUAUGUUACAAAAAAAUGAGGCAAACUUCGCAGACACCCCAGGUUGAAAUGGAAAGCAUGGAAGAGGUGCCAAUGACGAGGGGAGCCAAUGGCAAAGAAGACACUGCAGAAAACUACCCGCACAACCUAGAAGACUCCAGGGGGGACCUGAGGGCAGCAGAGGCUGAAGCGAAGGCGCCAACCCUGCCAUAGCCAGAGAGGACCUGAAAACAACUCAAGGUGGUGGGUGCCAGGAAAGAGCCAGUCAGGAAGACAAAUGCCUUGGCUUCAUUUUAUCGACGGCGCCCACUCAAGACACCUCCUGUAUUUAUAGGCUCUUCAGUCUCAUGUUGGAUGGUUGGGACCUGUCCUGCUCGGCCCUGCCUGGCCUCCGGUAUAGGGCUGGCGUCCCCCGAAUCCCAGCAGUUGAAGCCUUCCUGAGAGUGGUCGAAGGCCUCGGCCUUCCUUUCAUGUCACUGUGACAUUUAUUCAGGAUAGCUUAGCAGCUUGACUAUUCCACCCCUCAUCCUGACCUGCAGUUUACAGAGGAGGCUAUAAGACAAUCAUGAGGCUCUAAGAUAAUUAUGAGUCUCCUCCUGGCUUAGGAGAUGUCUACAAGGAUGACAACAGCGUUGCAGUUCCAAAACACUCGCUGUCCCUCUAGUUAGGUGUUCUGCAUGCACUGAAAGGGAGCAAAGAGGUAUUAUGCUCCAUUAAUCCACUUGAUUUAAGUAUUCAGAAAGAAGGAAACUGAACUCAGUGAUAUUUUCCAUAUAUAUGCACUUCUAUUUAUACUCCUUGUCUAUUAUAGCUACAUAUUUUAUAUAACGUUAUUUUGAAAUUGUGUCUUAUAUAAACAAAAUGUCUAUUUUCAAUACAAAAAAAAAAAUGCACUGAAAGAAUCGCUGAGGAGAUGUAAUGGGCCUCAAAUAAAGAAGAGGAGAAAGAACGGGAAUGCAGAAUCCCAAA